CUCAAGUACGCCCAUGAGUGCACUGAAGGCUUUGGCGACAUGUCUAUCUUUUUCCGUGCCAUUGCGCACCUCGUGCGACCUUCUCGCGUACAGAAAGACGAUGCGAUUCCGCCCGAGACCUUCCACUACGACAAGGACAGGCUGCUACGCGUUCGCAAUGACGUUCUCGAUGCCGUGAACAUUGUCAUCUGCAUGCGUAUCUACGAACACGUCCUACGCAUUCUCGGCGAGCGCCAAAGCGAGAUGGAGACAAACAACUUGUACUUAUCCUUGGUCGCCAUCCUCUAG